GUGAACGCGGCAGCAGCAGCAGUCGACUGGGUGAAGAUGGCGGACUGUAUACGUGUUCCUCUGCUCCUUCUUCUCCUCUGCAUCAUCUCCUCUUUGCAUCCAAUUCAAUGCCAAAACAACCCAGUCCUCGUCAAGGUCCCCAUGAACCCCGAGCUGAAUGCCCCUCUUCCCCCCGGGGCUCCAGUGGAGAGGCUCCCGGUACCGGAGAAGAUCCCCGGUGGAGGGGCCUCGCUGCCUCGAAAACGCUCCUCUACCGGCUGGAAACUGUCCGAAGAGGGAGUCUGUAAGGAGGAUUUGACCCGGUUAUGCCCCAAGCACUCCUGGAACAACAACCUGGCCGUACUGGAGUGUCUCCAGGACAAGAAGGAGGAAACUGAGAUUGCAGCCGAAUGCAACCAUCUGCUGUGGAACUACAAGCUGAAUCUGACCACUGACCCAAAGUUUGAGUCUGUCGCUGUGGAGGUUUGCAAGACCACCAUCACUGAGAUUAAGGAGUGUGCAUCGGAGCAGCUGGGUAAAGGUUUCCUGGUUUCCUGUCUGGUGGAUCACCGUGGCAACAUCACCGACUACCAGUGCAACCAGUACAUCACCAAGAUGACCACCAUCGUGUUCAGCGACUACCGGCUCAUCUGCGGCUUCAUGGACAAAUGUCGAGAAGACAUCAACACUCUUCACUGCGGAAGCAUCAGCACCGGAGACAAGGACGUCCACUCUCAGGGCGAGGUGAUCGCCUGUCUGGAGAAAGGUUUGGUCCGGGAGGCGGAGGAGCAGCCGGGGGCUCAUCCAAUCAAAGAGGAGUGCAAGAAGUCCAUCAUGAGGGUCGCAGAACUCAGCUCCGACGACUUCCACCUCGACAGAUACCUGUACUUCUCCUGCCGAGAGGACCGCGAGCGCUUCUGUGAAAACACGCUGGCCGGAGAGGGACGGGUUUAUAAAUGUCUCUUUAAUCACAAGUUUGAGGAGGCGAUGUCUGAGAAGUGCCGCGAGGCCCUCACCACCCGGCAGAAACUCAUCGCUCAGGACUACAAGGUGAGCUACUCGCUGGCCAAAGCCUGCAAAUCAGACCUGAGGAAAUACCGCUGCAGCGCCGACAGCAACGUGCCGAGAGCCAGAGAGGCGAGGCUGAGCUACCUGCUGCUCUGCCUGGAGUCCGCCGUGCACAGAGGCCGUGUGGUCAGCGGAGAGUGUCAGGGUGAGAUGAUGGAUUACCGGCGGAUGCUGAUGGAGGAUUUCUCUCUGAGUCCUGAGAUCGUGCUGCACUGCCGCAGUGAGAUCGAGGGCCACUGCUCCGGCCUGCACCGUAAGGGCCGGACGCUGCACUGCCUGAUGAGGGUCGGGCGGGGGGACAUGGGGGCCAUCGACCCCAACUGCCAACGGGCGCUCCAGACUCUGAUCCAGGAGGCUGACCCCGGAUCAGACUACCGGAUCGACCGAGCUCUGAACGAGGCGUGCGAGUCGGUCAUCCAGACGGCCUGCAAACACAUCCGCAGCGGAGACCCCAUGAUCCUGUCAUGUCUGAUGGAGCAUCUGUACACGGAGAAGAUGGUGGAGGACUGUGAGCACCGCCUGCUGGAGCUGCAGUACUUCAUCGCAAGAGACUGGAAGUUGGACCCCAUCCUGUACAGGAAGUGUCAGGGCGACGCCGCCAGGCUCUGUCACACUCACGGCUGGAACGAGACGAGCGAGAUGAUGCCGCCCGGCGCCAUCUUCUCCUGCCUCUACCGACACGCAUACCGAUCCGUGGACCAGGGCCGCCGGCUCGUCAGUGGGAAGUCUGAAGCAGGAAAGAGAGGUUUUACUCUCUCCAGGGACUGUAAGGUGGAGGUGCAGCGGAUCCUCCACCAGAGGGCGCUGGACGUGAAGUUGGACCCGGAGCUGCAGCGCCGCUGUAUGACAGAUUUGGGGAAAUGGUGCAGCGAGAAGACGGACCCGGGCCAGGAGCUGGAGUGCCUGCAGGACCACCUGGAGGAGCUGGUGUCCGACUGCAGGGACGUGGUGGGGAACCUGACGGAGCUGGAGUCAGAGGAUAUUCAGAUCGAGGCUCUGCUGAUGCAGGCGUGUGAACCUGUGAUCCAGACCUACUGCCACGAUGUGGCUGAUAACCAGAUCAACACGGGGGAUCUGAUGGAGUGUUUGGUGCAGAACAAACAUCAGAAGGAGAUGAACGAGAAAUGUUCGGUGGGAGUGACGCACUUCCAGCUGAUUCAGAUCAAAGAUUUCCGUUUCUCCUACAAGUUCAAGACGGCCUGCAAGGAGGACGUCCUCAAACUGUGUCCCAAUAUCAAGAAGAAGGUGGACGUGGUGAUCUGCCUCAGCACCACGGUGAGAAACGACACGCUGCAGGACGUCAAGGAGCAGCGAGUUUCCAUCAAGUGUCGCAAACAGCUGCGGGUGGAGGAGGUGGAGAUGUCGGAGGAUAUCCGUCUGGAGCCGGAGCUUUACGACUCGUGCAAGCCCGACAUCACCAGGCUGUGUCAGAACGUCGCCUUCGGAAACGCACAGGUGAUCGAGUGUCUGAAGGAGAACAAGCGUCAGCUGACUCAGAGAUGUCACCAGAAGAUCUUCAAACUGCAGGAAGUGGAGAUGGUGGAUCCAGAACUGGACUACCAGCUGAUGAGAGUCUGCAAGCACAUGAUCCGGCGUUUCUGCACAGAGUCGGAGGGGAAGAACACUCUUCAGUGUCUGAAACAAAACAAGAACAGCGAGCUGAUGGAUCCCAAAUGUAAACAGAUGAUCACCAAGAGACAGAUCACCCAGAACACAGACUACAGGCUGAACCCAGUUCUGAGGAAAGCGUGUAAAGCCGACAUCCCAAAGUUCUGCCAGCCGAUCCUGAACAAGGCGACGGCCGACAGCGAGCUGGAGGGGCAGGUCAUCGGCUGCCUCAAGCUCAAGUACGCCGACCAGCGUUUGUCUCCAGACUGCGAGGCUCAGAUCCAGGUCAUCCUGCAGGAGUCAGCGCUCGAUUACAGGCUGGACCCUCAGCUGCAGAUACACUGCACUGCAGAGAUCUCACGGCUGUGUCCAGAGGAGGCAGCCGCUCAGGAGCAGACGGGGCAGGUGGAGGAGUGUCUGAAGGUCAACCUGCUGAAGAUCAAACAGGAUGGAUGCAAGAAGGAGGUCUUGAACAUGCUGAAGGAGAGUAAGGCGGACAUCUUUGUUGACCCCGUCCUCCACACCGCCUGCGCUCUGGACAUCAAACACCAAUGUGCCGCCAUCCCACCGGGCCGAGGGCGCCAGAUGUCGUGCCUGAUGGAGGCUCUGCAGGACAAGAGAGUGCGUCUGCAGCCCGAGUGCAAGAAGAGACUCCAGGACCGCAUCGACAUGUGGAGCUACGCUGCCAAGGUGGCCCCCGCUGAGGGUUUCUCAGACCUCGCCAUGCAGGUGAUGACGUCUCCGUCCAAAAACUACAUCCUGACGGUGAUCGGUGCCGGCGUGGCGCUGCUCUUCGUGAUGGGUUUGCUCUGCGGACGCUUCACUAAACGCGUCACUCAGGAGCUGAAGGACAGGUAGACUCCGCCCCCUUUGGGGUCAGGACACGCCCACAGGAGAAACAAACAACCAACCAACAACACCGCUGAAAAAUAAGCCCCACCCCCCUCAUUUACAUACCUCCUCCUCUACAUUUCAUUUUCUACCAUCGCUGGAAUGACAUUACCCACAAUCCUGCAGAACAAAAGUGGGCUUGAUCAGCUUUGUAAGCCCCGCCCACUCCUCGAGAGGCCACGCCCACUCCUCGAGAGGCCACGCCCACCUUCUGCAGUUUCACCUGAUGCAGUAUUACUACGCCCCCUCCUCUCUUUGCAGUGAAAUGGGAGGAUUGGGAGUAGGGGGCAUUCAGAUCGUAAGGAUUUUAGGGUUCAUAGGUCAAAAUAUGGGGCGCGAAGAAAUCAUAUUAAUAAGUGUAAAUGUGUAGAAAGUGGGAUGGGAAAUGCUCAUGUAUAGAGCGGUUAAAUGACUCCAGUAUUUUAAUGAUUAAAGUGUGUGAGUGAGAGAGAAAAGGUGUGUGAGAGAGAGAGAAAGAGUGUGUGUGUGUGUGUGUGAGAGAAAAAGUGUGUGUGUGUGAAACUGUCUUUCCACCAUAUUGUUCUCGUCUGUCCUGCUUAAGGGUUUUUGGGGGGUUUGUUUUUUGCUCUGGAUAUAUCUUCUUUUUUUUUGGAUGUGUGUUAGUUAGAUUUGAUCGCCAUGGGACUGCCAGGCGGGCGGUGCUAACCAACCAGCCCUCCACCGAGCAACAGAUACGAUAACAAAAAAAAUAAGAGGGCGUAGGAGGAAACUAAACACUCCCAGCCGACAUCGCCCACAAAAAAUGUCUCGUGGAUAAUUUUUUUUCUGAAACCUGGCAAUGCAGUUUUUUCCCAGCCAAAUGAACGCACCACGAAAUUGAGGACGCUUGUUUCGCUCGCCUUGACUGAUUUUUACGUCCGAAGUCAUUUCAGUUUCACCCUGAAGAGACAGUGGAGCCGACGCUGGGAUUUAUUACUUUUACCCUCUGAUGGUUUCGUACUGGGAGGGUAAGAAACCUGCAGGAUAAUAAAUAAAUAAAGAAAUGAAAAUAUUCUAGAUUAUUAUAGAGAUGUGAACAUUUGUGUAAAGAUGAUACUGGAAUCAUUGCACAUUUCUUUUUUUUUUUUAUAUAUCUAUAAAUAUAUAUAUAUUGUUUUGUCAUAGCCUUAUUUAUUUGUUUACUAAUGUUUUGUUUUUUUAUAUGAUUUGAAUGUUCUCUGGUUGCCUUUUCUCCAGUGAGCGAGAGGACGAGGGGGAAAGAUCAAAGGUUAGGGCAUCAACCUGCCUCUGGGAGAUGACUGAUUUUUACCGUAGGGCAGUGAACGCCUCUCUGGUGGUUUAGAUUUCUGAAAGACGGCAGCUGUUAAACUCUGCACGCUUUGUUCCAGAUCAGAGAAGAGAGGCGAUGUCCCUUACCUUAAAGGACCUUAUUUCGGAAAAAAUAUGUACAUUUUUGUUAAAAGUGGUGCAGGAAUGAGUCCUAAACCCUGAAAUGAGUCUGCAUUUGACCACUUCCUGUCACCUGGUGUGGAAGUCAAUGGUUUUUAGAAUGUGUUUUUGGUCUAAAAUAAGGCAGUGAUUAUGUUUUUUUUGCGGUACAACAAAAAUGAAGCUAUCCUGAGUCUUUAACCCUGAAUGAGUCGGCAUUUUUAGCUCUUCCUGGUUUUGGUCGUUAGCUUAAAUCAAGGUCUGUGGUUAACACGAGCUGAAGAGAUUUUGUUCUACGACAUAAAAUACAUCAGAAAAUACCCCACUGGUGGAUUUAAAAACGUUGGUUGCUAACAAGUGUUUAAAUGAGACGACUAAACGUCAUCACGGCCAACAUUAGCAACCUUUAGCUUAGCCACAGUUCCGUUAUAGCCCAACAUUAGCCGCCUUUAGCUUAGCGGUGGUGACGUGAAGUCAUGUGACCGUGCUGUAGUUCCUUUAUAGCCCAACAUUAGCCACCUUUAGCUUAGCAGUGGUGACGUGAAGUCAUGAAGUACCUGUGUGACUUAAUCUCGGUACCGAAUACAAGACUUUUUGGGUGUAAAGUCUUUCCUAUCAGGUCUUUUCUCACUGUGUUAUACUUUACGUUUUUUCCGAAAAUAAGGCCCCGCGGGAAAAGGGGGUUUUUGCUUCUCUUUAGUGACAGAACUGAGUUGUAGUUUUUGAAUCGGUGCAUCGAUAUCUGUAAUGUGAUGAUACUUUGGGGAUGACCACUGGUGCGUUCAUGCACCGUAAACGCUGAUCAGUGAUGAGGAUAUGAACAGAAAAAGGGUUCAGAAAACAGUUCAUGCAGCCUUCUGAAUAUGUGACUAUCACAAUCGUACUUUUCACCACUUAGCCUGAACAUGAGACGUGUUAGAAGUCAAUGUUUUCCCCCCAAAAUGAACCAAACUGCAGGUGUGAAAGCGACCUGAGAGAAACCAAAACUCAACAUGUCUGUCUCAUGUCUCAGAAAGUCAUUGUUGUUUCUGUCUGCUUCAAGUCAAAUGAUCUUGGAUGUGAGCCGAGGAAAGAGAAGCACGCACAAAACAAAGACCGGGAAACACAAACUGGAUAACGUUACUGAAUCAUUUACUCUCUAGGUCUUUGAGGUCUCUGACUGCUUCUUCUCCGUUUGACGUCUGUAUGAACAGAAGGGUUUAUUGGCCUGCAGGUUGAUGCCGGAGAGAAAAGCGUUUGAGUUUUUCGGGUGGAAUCUUCCGUUGGGGUACGGAAGCCCUGAGAGGCAAGUUUGUGAUUAAAAAAAUAUAUAUAUGAGGAUAAUCUUUCUAAGUUGCUUAAAGAAUGAAAAACAAUGUGUGAAACUUUUGGGGAAAUUAUGUUUUGUAGAUUUCCUUUUUUCCAUUUGCGAAAAACAGAUUUUUGUUUAAAAUGUAGGUUUUAAUAUUUGGGUUUCAGUCGUCUAAGUUUGUCUUUAGAUGGAAUAUUUUCCCACAAUUUUUCGCCAAUUAAUUUCUAAACUGAUCGAGUGAUUUGUCUAGAAAUUGCAGAUCAAAUUCCUCAAUUCUGUCUUAUUGACAUUAUGGUAAACAACUGUCUAUGUACCUUAUCUGUAAAGGAAAACAGGUCGACUAAAACGUCUCUAAGAGAAAUGCUGUUUGCAGGUGAAAAAAAUGUUCUUUAAAGAAUUGUUUUGCCCAUUGUCUUGGAUCCUAAACGGGUGUAAACGAUCCUGGUCCUUACGGUACACAACUCUCUAUGUACCUUAUCUGUAAAGGAAAAUACACAAAGAAUUUUUGCUAAAUUGUCAUUAAGAAAAAUGCUGUUUGUAGGUGGAAAAACGUAAAACGAUCUCGACAAUUCACCUGUUUUCACGAAAGACCCCCAAAAAAAGUAGAAAAAUAAAACAUAUUUUCCCCGUUUCACA